AUGGCGUUUAGACUGAUUUCAGCUAUCUUCUCUCAGGAUUUGUUUGAGCAGAUUAAUUCCACCGUAGGCAUUGGUAAAUUUCGAGAAGACUCCAACUUCAAAAAUUUAUCUGGAAGCACGUCAAUAGACUAUCAAACUCACUAUAUAAGCUUCCGUUGGAGGCGAGGAGAAAAAUCUACUGGUCUAACCUGCAAAAUCACUUGGACAACUCAGUCAGCAGAGUAA